AUGUUCAAGUUCAAUUUCAACGUCGAGGACGCAGAGCAACUUGAGUUUCUUCCUGAUGGAGAUAUUUCAAGCGCGCAAGAAUCACAAGCAGGACAGGCUCAAUCGGGCAUGCCCAGCGAACGCGUAGUCUCAGUCAAUGAACUUGCAAUAGACGAGCUUCUUUCGGCUCUCCCGCCGGCCAUCUCAUAUUCCCCGCUUACCGUCCCGCUCACCUCGAGCUCAAGACAUAGCGCGACGAUUGCCCGCCGGGACCUCUUUGACGCACGCUUUCAACUCAUAUCGCUCGAAGACACGGAAGAUUCCAGCAUCAUAGCGCCCGAAACUGGCACCUCGGCACAGGCGCAGAAGGAUCUUGAGUUUUUGGACGCGCCUUCGGACCUCGUACCCGGCGUAUAUGAGGGCGGGCUGAAGACAUGGGAAUGCGCUGUUGACCUUGCCGACUGCCUCGAUAGACUUCUGGGCGGGGAGUCCGCGGCGCGGAUUAGGGGCAAACGGGUGCUCGAGCUUGGCUGUGGCACUGCGGUUCCCUCGCUCUACCUGCUGCACCAGCUCUUCUCCUCAGAACCUCCCGAACGGGUGAGUUCACAAGCGUCUGAGGUGCACGUCCACCUGCAGGACUACAACGCGCUUGUCUUGCGCCUCGUCACCCUACCCAACAUCCUCCUUGCAUGGUGUGCGUCCUACCAGCCUCUCACAUACGCCGAAGCAGACGCCGAACCUCUCCCGCCCGCAGACCCCACCACGCCAGGCACGCUCCCAAUCACCCCUGAGCUCACCGCCGCCUUCCUCGCUGCGUUACGCGCGUACGGCGUGCGCCUCCGCUUUUUUGCAGGAGCCUGGGAGGGCUUCGAGCUCCCGCACGCUUACGACGUCGUGCUCACGUCCGAGACGAUAUACCGCCCCGACAGCCUCCCCGCGCUUGUGCAUACCAUGCGCUCCGCGUGCCUCGGUGUUGGCCUGUCCUCCACCGCCGAUGGGAAUCACGGAGAAAAACAGGCUGCGGAUGGCUUGGCGCGCCUAGAACUCGGAGAAGGACAUGCGCCAGUAUUUCCCUUGUGUCUUGUCGCCGCAAAGCGUGUAUACUUUGGUGUGGGCGGUGGGGUGACAGAAUUCGUGCGCGCGGUCGAAGGUAAGCACGGCGGCGUAGAGACUGUGUGGGAGCGUGCGGACGGCGUGAAGCGGGUGGUUAUGAGAGUGCGCUGGAGCUAG